GUGGUCAGGACUCAACUGAAACACCAACCUACGAAUCAUCGGAAAUCUGGGAAUGUUAACAUUCGAUGUUUUUACCAAAUAACAAUGAAGCGCGGGACCAUUCAAGAGUACCCAUCUCCACCAAGUUCCUAGAAACCUAGAAGUAUAUAGUCUGUUUACUUUGGCCUACUCGAGCCAAGCCACGCAAGGGUUUCAAUCCGACACUUUGGAAUCAGGUAGUUAUCCACUUCCCGGUAGUUCUCUGCGUCCUCACAAUCAUGACGUGCCGGGAUCGCACGCUCGAGUUCCAGUCCGCUUGUAAGUCUCUUCAGGGGAGGCAGAUACAGAAUGGCAUGCAGACAAAGCCCAGUCUUAAUGCUCUUAAACAGCGAAGUGACUUCACACUCAUGGCAAAGAGAAUUGGAAAAGACUUAAGUAAUACUUUUGCCAAGCUGGAAAAGCUCACAAUUUUGGCCAAAAGGAAGUCUCUGUUUGAUGAUAAAUCUGUGGAGAUUGAAGAGUUAACAUACAUUAUAAAACAGGACAUCAACAGUUUGAAUAAACAGAUAGCACAGCUGCAAGACUUGGUGCGCUCCCGCAGUGAGCAGAAUGGACGCCACAUCCAGACACAUUCCAACACGAUUGUCGUCUCCCUCCAGUCAAAGUUGGCAUCAAUGUCUAAUGAUUUCAAGUCUGUGUUGGAAGUGAGAACUGAGAAUCUGAAGCAGCAGCGCAGUAGGAGAGAGCAGUUCUCCCAGGCUCCAGUGUCAGCUUCCCCUUUGUUGGCCAACAACUUCAGUAGCUCAGUAUUGAUGCAGGAUGAAUCUAGAAGUCAUGGUGGAGAAGUUGCUAUUGAUGUGGACUCAAGAACCAACCCCCUUCAAUUGCAACUUAUUGAUGAGCAGGACUCGUACAUCCAGAGUCGAGCUGAUACCAUGCAGAACAUUGAGAGCACCAUUGUGGAGCUGGGUUCCAUCUUCCAACAGUUGGCACAUAUGGUCAAAGAACAGGAGGAGACCGUACAGAGGAUUGAUUCCAACGUGGAGGACACGCAGCUGAAUGUAGAAAUGGCCCACACGGAGAUUCUCAAAUACUUUCAGUCUGUUUCCUCCAAUCGCUGGCUCAUGAUCAAGAUAUUCCUCGUACUUGUUGUCUUCUUCAUCAUCUUUGUGGUCUUCCUUGCCUAAAAGGAAAGGUCCAUGAGGACAGAAGGUUCGAUGAAGAAUGGGGUACAAAAUGGAGAAAUUGUGAACUAUAGUGGGCAAUGUGCAAAAGAAAAAAUACCUGAGAGAGACUGGACAAUAGAUCUGCCAUAUGGGACAGAGGUGGAUAAAUUGUAACAAGUAUGGGUUGUGUGCUUUUACUGAGAGUGACGGAUAUCAGCUGAAUUGUAGAAGCUAUCUGUCAAAUAUUCCUUCUCUGGAAAGGCAGAAGUAAUGCAUCCUUUUUGUUCAGAGGGGGACUGGUGUAGUCAGGUUUCACUCAUACUUUCCCUUUGUUACCUUUAGAUAUGAUCUCCAUUAAUAAAAUUGAGUCUUCACUUAUAUUUACAUUAAGGUGAAGACUUAGUUUUUUGAAUGGUUUGAUUCUGCAAACUAGCUUGGUUCUCUUGGAGUGUUAUCAGCAACCAAUGGUAACAUGAACGAAGUAAAAGUUUCACUUUUACAAUAAAUUAAUGUGACCUUAUGAUAAGCUUUCCAUCGUAUAUUAAUCCUUGGGAAUCAUUUUGUCUCCUGUUAAUAUGAAGGAGAACGAGUCCUUUGAUAAGGGCCUUUCAGCGGCUUUUUACUGUAAAUUGUUGAGAGAUUCUUAUUUUCGUAGUUUUUAUUUUGCCAAAUGGAAAUAGAUCAAUGCAAAGGGAGGUAUGGCCUGGGUUCAAAAUGUAUACUGUCCAUGAACACAAGUGUCACUUUUUACAGUAGUAAUGUUGGAGUGUAAACCAUUAAACCUUUGCUCAAUUUCUGUUAUUUCUCUCAAGCUGGCUGCUAUGUAUGCAAUGUUGGCAAGGUAGUCCUGUAAUACAGAGGCUUAGGUUAUGAAUAAAAUUGGAUUAAGAAGUUAAUACUGAUACUAACAACAGAUUAAGUGUGUCUGAACAGUUCUUCAUUAAAUUAUUCCAAUUUUUUUUUUCUCUGAAAAUUCUCAAAACUAAUGUACAGUGUAUAAUAUAAUAGGCACUUUUAUCAGUACAUGUUUUCUGAAUUUUUUAAAGAUGAAUGCCUUACUUUGUGUAAGUACCAAACAUAGUAACUGAUGUCUGAAAAUCUACUGCAUAUUAAAAACAAGUCUGCAAA